CUAUAAUCAGAAUAAUUGGUUACUCUAUCUCAUUAAUCCCACGCACUCUUGUUCGAAAAUAGGAAAAUUUUGGCCAAAAGAAUAAAGAAUUGAAUGAAUGAAACAAUUAGAAAGAGAGAAAACACAACAAUCUUUACUAAUGAUAAAGAAGUAAGGGUUGAGCUAGACUAUUCGGUUUGGAAGGAACCCGAUAGCUAUUGCUAAUAUUCUAUUACCCAAUAAUCAAGAGGAGUUUAGUGGGAAGUUGAGAACCCAUAAACUACACUUGUAGAUUCUAGAGCUGAAAAGGGUCGCUUGUUGAGGGUAUGUAGAUUCUAGAGUUACCAUUUUCUUGAUUCUUUCAGCUGCAAAUGUGCAAAAAAUAGUCUUGGGUAUACGGCUAUACAGACAUAGAUAAUUAGUGGGUUUGUUGUCAAAUUUGGUAUGGAUCGAUAGUCGUAGAGAUUUUAUCUUGAGGGUUUGAUCAAGAUUGAAUUUUCAGCUGAAUCUUAAGUGGGGUUUAUUUUGUGCUGAAAACCUGAAGUGUGGUUUGUUCAAAAAUUGAAUUUUGUGCAUAAUUUGAGGGAAUGGAUGAGACAACAACUUCAGGUGAAGGUGCAACAGCCCCAACAGAGGAGUUGCUAAAGAAGAUCCAAGAAUUAGAGGCAGGGCAUGCUCAGCUGAAAAAGGAGAUGUCUAAGCUUAUGGUUUCAAAUGAUGGUAGAAGAUCAGAGAGGCAAAGGUCUCAUUCUAUUUCCCCUCAACGGCCCCCUCGCCUUAGGGGUUCUGCUGCUGGUUUUGAUGCAUUGUGGAAGAGGGGCUCCACUUCUUUCCGGCAUUCGUCACCUUUGCAAAGAGAGAGUAAUAGUAAAAGUGAGCCUUGUGGUGGAGGUGCAGGUCCAGCUGCAGUCAAGUUUACUGAUAGACAGUACUUGAGCAUUUUGCAAUCAAUGGGACAAGCAAUCCAUAUAUUUGAUCUCAAUUUUCGCGUUAUUUACUGGAAUCAAAGUGCUGAACAACUAUAUGGUUAUUCAGCUGCCGAAGCUCUUGGGCGGAAUCUUCUUGAGCUAAUAGCAGAUCCUAAGGAUCAUGCUGUGGCAAAAAUCAUUUUAUACCGAGUGGCAAAGGGUGAGAAUUGGACUGGACAAUUUCCUGUGAGGAAUAAGCUAGGGGACAGAUUUUUAAUCGUAGCAACAGAUACCCCUCUUUAUGAUGAUGAUGGUACAUUUAUUGGUAUUAUUUGUGUAUCAAGUGACGUGAGGCCAUUUCAAGAAACAUCUACAGAGGUGAAGCAUAUCGAAGCUGAUAAAAGUUCUGGUAGGCCUAGAAGCAUUGCUUCUGUGAGACUUGGACUUAAUCCACAGCAACCUCUGCAAGUUGCCAUUGCCUCCAAAAUAUCGAGUUUGGCUUCAAAGGUGAGCAACAAGGUUAAGUCAAAAAUGAAAACUGGAGAGGGCAGCGUUCUUCGGGAAGGUGGAAGUGGAUAUGGUCACCAUUCUGAUCAUGCUUUUUCUGACGCUGCUCUAUCAGAUCACAGGGAAGAUGCAAAUCCAAGUGGAGCGAGUACACCCAGGGGAGAUGUUCAUGUUUCUCCAUUUGAGGUAUUCUCCAAUGUUGAGCACUCUCCAGAAAAACCCUCAAGAGACUCGGGGGAUGAGAGUGAGGGAAAACCGGGGAUUUCUAAGAUUAUAACUUCAAAGGCAGAGGCAUGGAUGGUUAAGAAGAACUUAUCAUGGCCAUGGAAAGGCAAUGAGCGGGAAGUGUUAGAGGCAAAGACUACACGCUUUGUUUGGCCCUGGCUAAACGACGACCAAGAUAAUGAGUGGAAUCAUUGCAAGAGUUGUAAUGCAGUGUCAACAUCAGACGAUCAGGUUAUUGAAAGUAACCGUACAACGACCAAUGAGGCUUGGGGAUCCUGGUCAUCGUCAUUUAAUGUUAAUAGCACAAGCAGUGCUAGUAGUAGCGAUAGUACCAGUAGUACUGCUGGUAAUAAAGUGGAUACUGAUGCUGACUGCUUGGAUUAUGAAAUCUUGUGGGAGGACUUGACAAUUGGAGAACAUAUUGGACAGGGUUCUUGUGGAACUGUUUAUCAUGGGCUGUGGUUCGGAUCAGAUGUUGCGGUUAAAGUAUUUUCCAAGCAAGAAUAUUCUGAUGAUGUCAUAUAUUCCUUUAGACAGGAGGUGUCACUGAUGAAACGUCUCCGACAUCCAAAUAUUCUUCUUUUCAUGGGUGCGGUAACUUCAUCUCAACACCUCUGCAUUGUCACAGAGUUCCUGCCACGAGGAAGUUUGUUUAGGUUACUACAGAGGAAUGCAUCCAAACUAGAAUGGAGACGGCGUAUUCAAAUGGCUUUAGAUAUAGCUCGUGGCAUGAACUAUCUUCAUCAUUUCAACCCACCUAUAGUUCAUCGGGAUCUGAAGUCUUCGAAUCUUCUUGUGGACAAGAAUUGGACCGUUAAGGUUGGGGACUUUGGUCUGUCACGUCUUAAGCACGAGACAUAUCUAACAACAAAGAGUGGGAAAGGAACGCCACAAUGGAUGGCUCCAGAAGUUCUUCGCAAUGAACCUUCAGAUGAGAAGGCUGAUAUAUACAGUUUCGGUGUGAUACUAUGGGAACUUGCCACAGAAAAGAUCCCUUGGGAUAACCUCAACUCGAUGCAGGUGAUCAGAGCAGUAGGAUUCAUGAAUCAGCGGCUAGAUAUCCCGAAGGAUGUUAAUCCACAGUGGGCUUCUAUUAUAGAGAGCUGUUGGCAUAGUGAGCCACAACUACGCCCAACAUUCCUAGAGUUGGUAGAUAAACUAAAGGAUCUGCUGAGACAGUGUGCCAUUCAGGCCCAGGCAGCACGUAAUGUUAAUGUUGCAGGAGAUAGCAGCCAGAAAGAACUAUAGAUAAAGAUGGUUGUGCAAUUCUGCUAAAUUUCCAGCAGAUACACUGAUAGCUCUUAACUGUUGCUUGGAAGUGUCACUAGUUCCCGAAUUGCUUGUGUUGUCGGAUCCAAGAUUUGGUGAAAAAUGUCACUGCAAGGAAAUUUGAUGGAAAAGAUAGCAGCUGUUGUUUAUCGUUGUCAAGGCAGAACUUCAUAAAUCCAAUGGGAUAUUGCGUAUGUGAAAUCACAACUUUCAUGUCUAGUGUGUGAACCGAACUCGUCUCCGGAUCAUACUGUGGCACUGUGUUAAACCAUCACCUCAAGUUUGGGCUGUGCCUUGCAACUAUAAGUUUGCUUGUCGUAAAGGUCGUGAUCUUUCAACCGAGGUUGUAUGUAUUGAGGUUCAAAAAGAGCAUCUAUAACAAAAAUGAACGUUGUUUGUUUGUACUUUGCCUGCCCCUAAACUCACCUCACUAAGUGUUUUUUCUUUCUUCAUGUCUA